AUGGGCGCUUUUCCUCCGCCGCCGGUCAACACCAUUGACUGGUCCAACGUCGGGUUCCGAGUCCGCGAAGUAAACGGCCACCUUGAAUCGACAUACUCAGUCCACACGGGCAAGUGGACGCCCCUCAAGUAUGUGGCAGACCCGUACAUGCGCAUCCACGGCAUGGCGCCGGCGCUCAACUACGGCCAGCAGGCCUACGAGGGCCUCAAGGCGUUCCGCAUGCCCGGCGACGACGACAUCGCCAUCUUCCGCCCGGACCGCAACGCCGUGAGGUUCCAGCACUCGGCCGAGGUCGCCUGCAUGCCGCCGGUGCCCAUCGAGCUGUUUCUACAGGCUUGCAAGGCUGCCGUUGCGCUCAAUGCCGGCUACGUGCCCCCCCACGAGACGGGCGCCGCCAUGUACAUCCGCCCUCAGAUCUACGGCUCCAGCGCCCAGCUGGGCCUGUCGGCGCCCGAGGAAUACACCUUCUGCGUCUUCGUCAUCCCUACGGGCGUCUACCACGGCUCGCACCCGGUCAAGGCCCUGAUCCUCGACGAGUUCGACCGCGCGGCGCCCAACGGCACCGGCCACGCAAAGGUCGGCGGCAACUACGCGCCGGUGCUGCGGUGGAGCGACAGGGCGCGGACCGAGGGAUACGGAAUCACGCUGCACCUGGACAGCGCCCGGCACGAGGACAUUGACGAGUUCAGCACCAGCGGCUUCAUCGGCGUCAAGACGGGCAGCGGCGGCAGCGACGACAUCACCCUUGUGGUGCCCGACUCCAAGUCCGUCAUCGACAGCAUCACCAGCCACAGCGCCCUGACGCUGGCCCAGAGCUACGGCUGGAAGGUCGAGAAGCGCGUCAUCAAGUACGCCGAGCUGCCGUCCUUUAGCGAGGUCUUUGCCGCUGGAACCGCCGCCGCGUUGGUGCCCAUCCGGAGCAUCACGCGCCGUGGCACCAGCGGUUUCGCUGCCGGGCCCAAUGUUACGCAGACGGCGGAGGCUGAGACGGUGACGUACAUUCCCGAGAGCCAGGAGGAUGCUGGGCCUGUUUGCCUCAAGGUGUUGACCGACUUGAAGGCCAUUCAGCUGGGCAAGAAGGAGGACAAGUUUGGCUGGCGGUUUGCCGUUUCGGGGGCUGAUGGCAAGGACAUUGCGGGCGUGAACGGUGUGCAUGAGGCGGAUGCGCAGACGGUGGAUGAGAUGGAUUAA